AUGUCUAAAUCCCGCGAAGAUUCCGUCUAUUUGGCUAAAUUAGCUGAACAAGCUGAACGUUAUGAAGAAAUGGUCGACAACAUGAAGGAUGUUGCUUCUUCAGGUCAAGAAUUAUCAGUUGAAGAACGUAACUUAUUGUCUGUUGCUUAUAAAAACGUUAUUGGUGCUAGAAGAGCUUCUUGGAGAAUUGUUUCUUCUAUCGAACAAAAGGAGGAAUCCAAAGAAAAAUCAGAACACCAAGUCAAGCUAAUUAGAGAUUACCGUUCCAAGAUUGAAACCGAAUUGGCCAAGAUUUCUGAUGACAUUUUGUCCGUUUUAGAUUCUCACUUGAUCCCUUCGGCUACCACCGAUGAAUCUAAAGUCUUUUACUUUAAGAUGAAGGGUGAUUAUCACCGUUAUUUGGCUGAAUUCUCAGACGGUGCCACCAGAGAAAAGGCCACUACUGCUUCUUUGGAAGCUUACAAGACUGCCUCCGAAAUCGCUACUACUGGUUUACCACCAACACAUCCAAUCCGUUUAGGUUUGGCUUUGAAUUUCUCAGUUUUCUACUAUGAAAUCCAAAACUCUCCAGAUAAAGCUUGUCAUUUAGCCAAACAAGCCUUUGACGAUGCUAUUGCUGAAUUAGAUACUCUAUCUGAAGAAUCAUAUAAAGAUAGUACUUUGAUCAUGCAAUUGUUAAGAGAUAAUUUAACUUUAUGGACUUCUGACAUGUCAGAAAAUGAUCCAGAACAAGAACAACAAGCUGCUCCUGCUCCUGCUCAACAAGCUACUCCUGCUCAACAACAAGAAGUUGCUCCAGCUGCUAAUGAAGAUGAAGAAGGUCCAAAAUAA